AUGAUAGGAGAUCUCUCUUCAGAUGAAGAAACCCCUCAAGAAGUUAGUGUUAGAGACUCAGCCAACUUCUUUGAGAAAUUUUCUAAAGGACGUACUAGCAAUGGAACUCCAGAAUUUAGAAGAAAACAAAGAAAGGAAGUCCGCAGUCAGUUUUCUGAACAGAAGGAAAUAUUAGAUAACAGCAGAGGCAGACCAAGAACUAUUAGGAAUCUGUUUUCUAAGAAGAAAAGUGAGAGGAGACAAAAUGCUCCUCAAUCUGAGGAAAGAACUAAGAAUAUAUUCCCGCACCAUCGAAAUCAGAGAAGAGUUGUCACUAUUGGUGAUAGCUCGAGUGAUGAAGAGAAAAAAAGUAAGAAUGAGAGCCUUAAAAGAUCCUCUAUUAGUAGGCACAGUCUUGAAUUUGCAAACAUUGGAGCGAAGGAAGGAGUCGUUCAAUCUAUCCCACUUGAUGUUGCUACCUUGGCUAAUUUUGCUGAAGCUAAAAUUAAAUCACAAAAGCUCUCAGGGAAAGAAAAGAGUGAUAGUCAGGAGAGUGAUGCUAUGGCGAGGAGGAAAAAUCUAAAUAUAUUUAAAAAGGGCCAGUCUUCAAAAACCAAAGGAAAGCAAAUAUCUGAAAUAUUCAAAAAGAAAGUUCCAAUUGCCCAAAACCAAGAAAUAGGAGAUAGGCUCAAAAUAUUUUCUGGAAGAAGUAUGAAGCAAAACAUUGAAUCAAUAGAGGAGCAGAAUGAAGAGUUUGUUUCCCACGUUGAUGAGGAAAAUAUUGCUGAGGACUACAUUGACGCCUACUAUGUGUACCUUUCCCUGAUUGAUAAUAUGACUUUUGAAGUGAUAAACUCUACUUUCCACAACAUCAGACUUGAAUCAAAAUAUGGAGCAGCUAGAGAGGAGAUACUUGAUUCUGCAAUGACCAGUCUGCUUUCAGAAAUAGUCAAAGAGUCCUAUCAAUACUGUGCUGAAGAGCAAGAGUGUAAAUAACAGAGAGGAGAAAUUACUACAGAUCAAACAGAAAGCCCUUCUGCAACAAAAGCAGGAGGAGGAACUCCGACUGAAACGAAAACAGCAGGAAGAGAAAAUAAAAUUUGAGCACUCAUUUUCCCUUGUGUUUGAUAAUAUGGUCAAGACCUUUACUAGAGAUCUAGCAGAAAGAUGUAUUUAUGAUGAGAAAAGGCUUCAGAAGAAAGAGUUUAACAUUGCAGCUCAUCAUGAAAGAGACUUUAUUGUUUACUGUACAGUCAGGGAUCUUUUAAAAGAGAUUGGACAAGAGUGUAUUGAUGAGUUCGCCAUAAAAUCUAAAGCUAAAAAGAAUCUUGAUCAAGAUUUGGAUAGGAUUGGUGAAGAGAUUAUUGACAAAGUUGUCAUGGAUCAAGUAUAUGCCACUGUCUUUGAUGUAAUUAAGAGUUCCUCUGACUCUGAAGCCCGAGCCUGAAAUGACCUUCUAGUCACUGAAACUCUUCAAAAAUGUGUUGAAGGGGUUGUUUUAGAGAGUGUUUUACCGAUAGAAAUUCAUAAUCAGGUUCUAGAAAGUGUGUCAAACAGUAUAGUCCAAGAGAUAGCCUCUUCAGCAAUUGUAGAAUUUAAACACAAUAAGAAAACUGAUAUAUUAGACUCAAUAAGCCAAGAAAUCUCUGAUAAAAUAACAGAUUCUUGAGCAACUAAACUCCUGGUAGCUGUUUCGCAUGAGUGCCUCAAUCAGACUAAAGCAGUCGAGAAAUUGAAUAAACUGGAAGCCUUGAUAGGUUCAGAGGAACUCAGUUAUAAUUACUCCUAUUACAUAAAUGGACUUAGGAAUGGUAACCAGAACAUCAUUACUCAAUUGGCUGAUUUAGACAUUUGUGAAAUAGCCCAAGAGUUGAUGACCAAGCCUCAGGAAAGCAUACUUGAGCAAGCGAUACACCACUUGACUAUUGAGGCUGCUAAAGAGUGUAUGAAAGAAGCUAAGAGAUUGAGAAACAUUAACAGAAUUUAAACCUAAAAUUCACACCCCAAAAUAUGCAGUGAUAGGUGAAGACUACUUGAAAAAUCGCUCAAGAUCUAAAAAAUUUCAACUAGAUGAGUUAAAUCAAAACAUCACAAUCAUCCGUGAUGAACUCAUUGAUUCUCAAAUAAUGUUGAUACUCAGUGAAAUGAUUAUUGAGGCUUUGAAGCAAGAGGAUCUUGAUGAAGACCAAGUUGAGGAGGAUGAAGUAAAGAUUGAAGCCAUACCUUCAAAUCGUGUUUCAAAUCUCUUCCAACCAGAAUAUGAAUCAGACUCUUUUGAUGAGCUGGAUUCUGACAUUGAAGCUCCGAGUAUCCAGUACGACUAUUCACCUGAGUAUAAAAUAUACCGAGCAGAUCCUUCACCGAUCAAAAUACCAGCUCUUGAAGAAGACACAGGGUAUCAGUUUGUCAGCAAACAAAGGCUGAAAGAAAAGCUUGAAGAAGACCUCCAAGUUGACUCUGAAGUCAAUGAAGAUCCUUCCUUAGGAAUCUCACAACAUUUAGGUGACUUUUAUAUCGAUACUACAAAAGUGAAAGAUACUAUGGGAGAUACAGGAAAAGUUUUAUUUAAAGAUCUCAGACCGGAUCUCAAAGAGCCAGAAGAAGAGAAUUAUGAAAUCUUACGAAAAGGUAGUGGAAUGCCGUGAGAGCCUGAAAUAUGAGCAGUUCCAAUCACAGAUCCUUCUUCAAAUAUUCCUCAUGUAGAUCCUCCUGUCAGAAGGGUUCAAAGGCAGGUAGAUGCAAUGUGCAUUAACUGUGAUGAAUUUAUUCCAGCUAGGAAUUUGGAACUACACUCUCAGCAUUGUACUGGAAGUCCUAGGAGACAAGCUCGAACUCAAAGAAAUUUCGUGGAUGAUGACCUAGACCUAACCGAGUUCCUUAACCAUGAUACCGGAGAAGAGACAAUUCCAAGGAUAAAUCAAAGACUUUACAAAAUUAUGAAGACCCUGAAAAGAAAGGAAACUGAAUCUGUUGGCAGUUCAUUCCACAGGGAAAUGCUAGACAGAUCUUCACUGUCGAACACCUUUAGUGCUAGAAUGGGUUAUACUUCUGAGACUACAUUUGUGCACUCUUUAGCCCUACUAUGUAAGGAAAUUAUGGUUAAUAACAUUGAUCUGGAUAAGCUAGACCACAGUGGCAGCAAACUCCUAGAAUUAGUACAAGUUUUUGAGUCUGAACAUUCUGGGAGUGAUGCUAACGAGUCUGUCCUUAUUAUUGCCCAAACCUUACUACAGAUUUUUGAAUCCAAGCGAUCUGUGGUUGCAAAUAGCUUCCAAGCAAUCUCUUAUCAAGGAGGAGACAGCUUUAUGUCUGAUGAAUACGGUCGAUUCUCUGAAGAAGAGGAACUUGGCCCUACCUCUCAAAGCUUGAGAGCUCCAGAUUUCGAUGUUUUUGAUAGCACAGAAAUCCCUAUACAUAGCCCAGAUGAUGACUAUGAACUCAUUAGACAAGAGAAAGAGAUAGAAAAAUGGAAGAGCAUCUAUGAUGAAAUGUCUCGCAGGCUGAAGGAAAGCAAAUUAGACCCUCAUAAAACAUCAAGCUGGUAGCACUGGAGAGGUCUUCGAUCACUACGAACAUCGUAGUAUCAGGGAGUGGACGCCUGAAAACCCUUCUUUUCGUUCACUGAAUGAUUGAGACCUGAAUUACUCUCAAAAUUAUAAGAUUCACUACCUUCGAGAAGAGAAAGAAACCCCAAAAUACAAUUUUAGCAGAAGGU